AUGGCAACGUCUUCAGCAAUAGCAGCAGGACUUCGAGGUCCUGCAGCUCCACCAACGACUGUGUCAACAGCCGACAGAACAAGAGAACAGAUACUAGCUGAUGUGGAAAAACUCAAUCAAGAAGGCGAAUCUGCAGUGAAAGUUUUGAAAAAUAUCGAUACCGGACGCAAGAAAGCUGCUGAAAAUCGUGAUGCGGCAACCAAAGGUCGAAUACAAAUUGACGACUUGAAAAAACGGAUCGACACUCAUUUGAAAGAAGUCAAAGAAAUGCAAGAACCACCAACGACCGAUCCUAUGCAUAAUACAUUCUAUCGAAAGAAAGCAGAUGCAUCCAAAUUAUUGACCAAUCUUACUAAAAAGCUGGAUCAAGUGGAUAAGAAUCUAAAGAAGUUAGUUGACACGAUACCAUCAACUGCUGGCGCUGCUACUCCAGCGGCACCGGCUGAGAGUGAAAAUAGCAAAGGACUUGGAGCAUUACUGGAUAGAUUUCCAUUUGGCAGUCGAAAAAAAUCGGCAUCGAGAGAAUCGCUUGCAACUUCAUCACCGGCAGCGACAACGACAGCAGCAGCACCAGUGGCAGAGAAGCCUGUCGAAGGAACUGGUCAAGAAACUUCUAAGAAAACCACAGAAGAACAAGAUGAUGAAGAUGAAGAAGGAAGUGACGAAGAGGAUGACGAUGAUGAAGAUGUAGUAUCAGAUAAAAAGAAAGAAUCCAAACCGUCAGCUCCAGUUAGUAAAACAACUGUACCAGCGGCACCAGAAACAAAGAAAUCCGAAGCAGCUAGUGAAGGCAGCGAGGAAGAUGAGGACGAAAGCGAAGACGAAGAAGAAGAUGAUGAUGCAGAUGCCAAAGACAAUUAUGACAUACAUCGGGCAUUGGUCACUGUAGUAGGAGCUGGAGAACCGAAAAAGGAAACAAGCAGUGAUGGUCGUCGAUCACAAUCACCAGCACUGCCAGCUACACCGACAACGAAGCCUAAAAAAUCGGCAAGAGCAUCGCCAUUACCACCAUCGUCCGCACGAAAGAAAACACCAAGUCCUCGACGACGUCCUGAAGUGGCUGCAGCUAAAAAACAAGAUGAAGACAGUGGAGAAGAUUCGUACUUUGAAGAGAGUGAUGAAAAUGACGAUGUCGAUCAUGAACUACAAGGUUUACGUGAUACUGGUGACUAUGACGAACCAGAAUCCGAUCAGGAAUAUGAUGAUGGAGAAGAGGAUGGAGCAGCUGCUGUUAAUACCAAAGUUCAACAACUUCGAACAAGUAAAUAUGCACCCGGAUCCCAAUUUCUUGUUACACAUGACAUCGCUAGCAAGCAAACGGGUGACUUAACAGUUCAUCGUGGCGAAAUCUUAACGCUCGAUGAACAACGUCCAGAUGAUUGGUGGUUAUUUAAAAACGCGCAAAAUCAACAAGGUGCUGUACCCAUCAAUGCCAUUCAACCCUUAUCAACUGGACAGAUAGCUCGACGUCGUGCUAAACCAAAUACAUCAGCGACCGUACUUGUCGACGCAUUCAAAGCUGCAAAUAGCAUGCCCGCUGGUUACAUCGCUUCCGAUCUGGCACCAUUGGCAGAUUUAGAAGAAUAUAAAUUAUGGCGAGCCAUCGUACCGAAAAUGACCGAGUCAAAUUUGGCGUUCGCUGACCUUUGUUGGCGUCCGGAAGUAGAUAAAAUUCAUGUUCAUGAUACUACUUUUCAAAAAAUUUUAACGCUAAAAACAUGCGUUAAAAUUCCUCGAAUUAAAGGCGAUCAGGUACGAGUACUCGAUCGUUCGGUUCGAGUUUGUCUGUAUGAUGGAUUUGAAAUAAUUUCGAAUAUUCAUACCGUUCGUGCUAUCGUUCCAAAGAAACUCGACGAACGGGAUUUAACCGAAGAUUGGCAGUUUGUACCGAAUGAUAUUAACACCUUAAUCGAUGAGCAAAAUCAACUGUUGAUUCGAUCGAACACGGCGAAUAGCAGUCAACGUUUAAAAUUACUAUUCGAACUAUCUCAAUGGUGUCAAUCGACUGUCACACAGGAAAAAUGUGAAGUUGCUUGUGGUUGGGCUAUGGUUCCAUUACAGGACGAGAAACCACCACUCAUCACGGAUACAAAAGGUUACAAUGAACUCUUACACGGUGGACAUGUUGAUGAAACCAACGUUCUUCUUGAUCCUCAGUACAAAAUCCUUCGCAGUGAUGGUCUAUCUGGGAAAAUCGAUCGUAUCAAACGAGCACGAAUCAAAUUUUCCGUUGAAUCACGCGAAACAGAUCUAGACUUACUCUACGAUAAUCUACCGAUUCAAUCGAUCAUUGUGCCAUUGAAUCUCACGAAAUCAUUGGCGUACUAUCGCAAUGAACUUGCCUAUCAAUUGUAUAAACGGCAACAUCCUACAGGCCUGUCGACAACACCGAUCGAUUCGAUUUUUCUUAGUACGUUCUUUCAAGCAAUCGAACAACCUGAUCUUAUUUAUGGAUUACGCCGAGUUUAUCGUUCUCGACAACGCCGUUUCCUCAGUUCAUCAUCAAGUUCACAACAACAACGAGAGGAAUUCAUUCGAACAUAUGAAUUAUUUAUCUAUCCAUUGCUAUAUUAUCGACAACUACCGCCGUAUGAUUUUCACGAUAGAGCAGCGUUGGAUGAACGCCGUAAACUCAUUACAGAUAUGAUUAGACGACAAUUGCCGAACAAGAGAACUCCUCCUCAAGAUAUUCUCUCAAUUCUAUUAGAUCCAAAUCUCACGGACAAAUGGACACCAUUUACAACCGACGAGAUCUCAUUCUCAUUACAAAAAUACAUUCCGAACUUUCGAUCUGAUGUUUUGGUUUAA